AAUUGCUUCCCGCAAAUGGACUACACAUGCUUCCAUGCCAGAGCAGAACACGACUCCAGAUCUGCAAAAGUGUCGAGAUCAAAAGGCCAUGGCGAUGCAUUCCUCUCUUACAGCUGCAAAGAGAUAUUGUGACAAGCCAUGUGAAUAUGUUGAUCCGGAAGAUGAAGCAGAACCUAGUAACAUGUUGCAAGAGUUUCUAAAUAGUAUCUCUGAUGAUGAUGAAGACGAGGUACCUGGGUGUGCAUUCAAAGGAGUUGGCAUACCUUCACAGUCAUACUACAAUGUAUCUGAAGUGAUCAGUAAUGCUACUCUGGAAGACAUUAAAUCCGUGCUGGAAUGCAAUGGCUUGAAUUGCAAGGAUACAUAUGAUGGAAAUUUAAUAUGUGAAUGGUUGAAACUAUAGAAACGUCAUACUACAGAGGGUAUUUCUGUUGUUGUGGUGGAAGGCCCGUUUUCAAUGCAUUACACAAAUGUAUUUAUUUCUCUGUGCUUUCUCUGAGCAUUAAACAUAUGUAGAGUAUUUUGGCAGUGACAUUAGAUGCUUCUAGGAGAAAUGUUUGUGUUAGCCUAGGUAACUAUCACUAUGUUUGGCUUGCUGUGGCUGGUGGCUGAUGCUGAUUUGUUGUGAGAGAAAAGCACUGCUGGCUGACUAGUAGCUGGUGGCUGGUGCUGGUUUGGUGUGGGAGAAAAACACUGUUGCCUGAUUGAAGCAAACGGAAUAUAUGCAGCCAUUGAGAAGACACCUCAAGAUUCAUGAGUUUGGCAGCCGAAUUUUUGUGUUAGCCUCAAUAAUUAUAUGAUGAAUGAAUUGAACUUAUUCUGUUGAACUACACUGGCGAGGGUAGCCGCAGCGGACCUGUCGUAACUAUGCAGUACAAUUUUGGUUCUGAUUGAAGCAUACCUUUUUCAUGUGGUCGUUCUGAAGCUGCCUCCAGCAAUAUUGAUGCAAAGGAAUUAAGCCAAGAAGGAUUAGCUAAACUCAAUGUAGUGAUUAUUCUAGGUGAUAUGUGUAUAUAGGUGAUAUCUUACCCUUUUGGCAAUUAAGCUAAAUCCGAUGCCU